CCGUGCGCGUCUGCGUUGCAGGCCCCAGGUCCCGGCUAUGGCCGCGGCCACCAUCGUGCACGACACGUCUGAGGCGGUGGAGCUGUGCCCCGCGUACGGCCUGUACCUGAAGCCCAUCACCAAGAUGACCAUCAGCGUGGCGCUGCCGCAGCUGAAGCAGCCCGGGAAGUCCAUCUCCAACUGGGAGGUGAUGGAGCGGCUCAAGGCCAUGGUGCACAGCCACCAGUUCUCCACGCUGCGCAUCACCAAGAGCACCAUGGCCUUCAUCCGCUUCGAGGGCGAGGUGGAGAACAAGAGCCUGGUGAAGGCCUUCCUGGCCCGCCUGGACGGCAAGGCCAUCAAGCUCAGCGGCUUCUCCGACACCCUGCGGGUGCGCGCCGCCGAGUUCAAGAUCGACUUCCCCACGCGGCACGACUGGGACUCCUUCUUCCGCGACGCCAAGGACAUGAACGAGACGCUGCCCGGGGAGCGGCCGGACACCAUCCACCUGGAGGGGCUGCCCUGCAAGUGGUUCGCCCCGCGGGACUCGGGCUCCGAGAAGCCCAGCGAGGACGUGCUGGUCAAGGUGUUCGAGAAGUUCGGGGACAUCCGCCACGUGGACAUCCCCAUGCUGGACCCCUACCGCGAGGAGAUGACGGGGCGCAACUUCCACACCUUCAGCUUCGGGGGGCACCUGAACUUCGAGGCCUACGUGCAGUACCGCGAGUACGCGGGCUUCAUCCAGGCCAUGAGCGCCUUGCGCGGGAUGAAGCUCAUGUUCAAGGGCGAGGACGGCAAGGCCGUGGCCUGCAACAUCAAGGUGUCCUUCGAUUCCACCAAACACCUGAGCGACGCGUCCAUCAAGAAGCGGCAGCUGGAGAGGCAGAAGCUACAGGAGCUGGAGCAGCAGAGGCGGGAGCAGAAGCGCCGAGAGAAGGAGGCGGAGGAGCGGCAGAGGGCCGAAGAGAGGAAACAGAAAGAGCUGGAAGAGCAGGAGCGAGAGAGGAAAAGAGAGGAGAAGCUUCGCAAGAGGGAGCAAAAGCAGAGGGACCGCGAGCUCCGCCGCAGCCAGAAGAAGCUCGAGAAGCUGCAGGCGGAGGAGCAGAAGAAGCUGCAGGAGCGGAUCAGGCUGGAGGAGCGCAAGCUGCUGCUGGCCCAGCGCAACCUGCAGUCCAUCCGGCUGGUCACGGAGCUGCUGAGCCGGGCCAAGGUACCGCCGGGGCGCCGGGCCGAGGUCCCGCCAGGGUGCUGGGCCCAGUUACUGCCGAGGUCCCGCCAGGGUGCCGGGCCCAUUUACUGCCGAGGUGCUGAGCCGGGCUGAGGUCCCGCCAGGGUGCUGGGCCCAGUUACUGCCGAGGUCCCGCCGGGGUGCGGCGCCGGGCUGGGCCGAGGUCCCGCUGGGCGUGGAGCCCGGCUAGGGCGCUGCCAGGUCGUUGAGCCGGGCUGAUGUACCGCCGGGGUGCAGGGCCCAGGUACCACUGGGCUGCCGUGCUGGGCUAGGGUACUACCGGGGUGCGGAGCCGGUCCUGCCCACGGGAGCUGCACCUCUGCUCUUAAACGGGCCACUGUCACGGUCCCUGUAUGUCGGCUGGUGGCAUCCAGAACUGGAAGGAACCAGGCUUCGCAGGGAGGGUGAUCUGUCACCUGCUGUGGUGUAGGGUCCCUGCGUCAUUCCGGAUUUCAGUCUUAGGAAGCUGGUAGGGCGCUCACGUAGUGUGAGCUGUGUUCAGGCCUCCCGGGCGCUGGCCCGGCAGUCUUGGGGUGGCCAGGGCCGAGGGUCACCGUUUCCCCCCGAGACGGGCAGUGUCAGAGCUCGCAGUGAGUCACCGGGCCCCCAUGACUCCGUUCCCACCGGGGGCGCACUGGCUGGGCCUCCUGGGACCAGUGGCCGGGGAGGGAGGAUGGGGGCUGCGCCUGGUCCCUGGGGAGCCCAGGGCACCCCUGGAGCCUGGCCUGCCGCGGUCCCGCGUGGCGGCCGUGCCGCCAACGGCGCUUGGCCGCCUCCGUGUGUAUGAUGUCUCGCCCCGGGAGCCUGCUCGGGCCUCUCGGAGGCCCGGCCGGCCCCUCCCCGGAGCUGGCCGCGCACACGCGUGCCGGGCCCUGCCUGAGCUCCGAGCCGCGCCCUGGCGCUGUGGCGCCGGCCACCCCGUAACCUGUUGUCUAAUUACAGUGUUGAUAAGGCCCCGGGAGGAGCGUGGCAGGCGCGCCGAGACACGCGGCGGCUCGGUUCUUGUCUCAUGGUGAAUAUUGAAGACACUGACCCAGGCCAGGCCCAGCGCGCCCCGCGGCCCCGGCGGCCGCCUCCGGCGGAGGUCGCCC